AUGUCGUACGAGAUGGACGACGACGACGAGCGGCCCCUCGAUAUGCGUGUUGCUAACGGGGUCCGACCUCAGUGGGAAAUCUGUGCGUUCAACAUCCACGGGCUGGAGGCCCCGUUCGAGGCAGUGGUCCUGAACGGGACGUCCGGCGAGGGCCAGCUGAGGGCCCGCGGCCGGGUGGACUGCGAGCUGCAGAAGGAAUACACCUUCAUCAUCCAGGCCCACGACUGCGGCUCAGGGCCCGGGGGCGUGGAGGUCAAGAAGUCCCACAAGGCGGUGGUGCACAUUCAGGUCAACGACGUGAACGAGUUCGCCCCGGUUUUCCGAGAGCCCCAGUACCAAGCCGCCGUGACGGAGGGCAAGAUCUACGACAGCAUCCUGCAGGUGGAGGCCACGGACCAGGACUGCUCCCCGCAGUACAGCCAGAUCUGCAACUACCAGAUCACCUCCACCAGCACACCUUUCGCCAUAGAUCGCAACGGAAACAUCCGGAACACGGAGAAGCUGAGCUACGACCGGCAGCAGCAGUACGAGAUCCAGGUCACGGCCUGGGACUGCGGCCAGAAGAGGGCGCUGCAGAGCGUGCCCGUGCGCAUCGAGGUCAAGCCCGUCUGCAAGCCCGGCUGGCAAGGUAUCUGUGACAAGGAGUGGCAUUACUACGUCAUCAACGUGGAGUUCCCGGUGGUGACCCUCUACGUGGACGGAGUGACCUACGACCCCUACCUGGUGACUGACGACUGGCCCAUCCACCCCUCGCAGAUCGACGUGCAGCUCACGGUCGGCGCCUGCUGGCAAGGUGGGGAGGUGACCAAGCCGCGGUUCACUCAGUACUUCCGGGGCAGCCUAUCUGGACUGACCAUCCGACCGGGGAAGAUCGAGAGUCAGAAAGUCAUUUCCUGUCUGCAGGCCUGCAAAGAGGGACUGGACAUCAAUUCCCUCGAGAGUCUGGAUAAGAGCAUCAAGUUCCACUUCAACCCAGCCCAGUCCAUCUUGGUCAUGGCGGGGGAGGACUUGGAAAACAUGAACGCCGCCGUGAGGAAAGUUUCCUACAUCAACUCUCGUCAGUUCCCCACGUCGGGCAUCCGGCGCCUGCACAUCUCCACCGCCGUCCAGUGUUUUGGGGAGGACACCUGUAUCACCAUCCCGGACAUCGAUGCGGUGGUGAUGGUGUCGCAGCCCAGCGAGCCCAGGAUAACCAUCACCGGAGUGGAGAGACUGAAUCGGCCCGCCUCCGACUUCAGGCUGCCGGGAGGCACCGCUCUGUUCAAGGACCUCCACAUCAGCAGCACGGUCACCAGAGCGGACGCCACCACACACCACACAGCACGUCGACCCGGGGUGCUGGAGGAGAUCAUCCACAACCUGGACUACUGUGACGUCCUGGUGUUGGGGGAGGAGCUAAGGCCGGAGCAGGAGUCGCUCCAGCUGCAGCGCAGCUCUCUGCUCGGGAAACACCUCGACGCCACCAACUCCACCUCCGGGAUGUCCAUAUACGGCGUGGACUCCAUGUCCAACUACGAGCAGGUGAUCCGACAGGUGCGGUACUACAGUUGGCGGCCGGGACCGAUAACGGAGAGGAGGUUCCGCCUCACCUGCUCGGAGCUCAACGGACGCUACACCAGCAACGAGUUCCACCUGGAGGUGAGCGCGCUCCACAGUUCGGAAGCACGGGAGCAUGUCAAUCACCUGGUGGCCCCGCCUCAGUACAUGCAGGUGAUCCACCAUCCGUCCAUGAUCCAAGACCUGUACCCGAGCCACAGCUCAGCGGUGCCGAGCGCCGCCACCGUGGUCAUCGUGAUGUGCAUCGCCGCCCUGGUGGCGGUGGUGGUGCUGGGCAUCUACCGCGUCCACCUCACCCACCAGCAGGAGGUCCGGCUGGCGGAGGGCGCCAAAGAGGGCGACGACGACGACGCCACCUGGGACGACUCCGCCCUGACCAUCACGGUCAACCCGAUGGAGAACCUGGUGGGUCCGCAGGCCGCAGAGGAGGAGGAGGAGGAGGAAGAAGACGAGGAGGAGGAGGAAGACGAGGAGGAGGAUGACAUCACCAGCGCCGAGUCGGACGACAGUGAGGACGAGGUGGACGUCCAGCUACCCAGAAUGCAACGCCCGAGCGAGAGGGGACAAAACUUGGACAAAACGACCAUAUCUUAUUGAGACGCACACGUGCACGCACACACACACACACAGUCACUCACACUCGCACACAGUCUGCUACACACACGUCCACGCUGACGACCUCAAAUCAGACGGUUGAAAAACAAAAAGACUUGAUGUGAUGUCGGUGCUCUCAAAAAAUGAGGUAAUAUCGCCCCCUGCUGGACGACUCCACUGAAAAUACAAUGCAACGAUUUGACCUUUAGCCUUUAGCCUUUAGCCUAACGGGAAAAACCUCCCGUUUUAAUACAGCUCGGUAAAAAAUAAAUAAAGAUCACAUGACUCGUCGAUCAAAAAUUACUUUCACCCGUCUUAAAGGGCCAGCGCGCCAAACUUCGGGCGUCCCCUAAGAGACGUUUUUUUCCCCUCUGUCCCAUUACGGUCCCGCACCAACCACUCCCACCUUUAGCGAAAUAAACUUCUCUGAAUCUCGUUUCGUCAAAAAAAAAAAAAAAAAAAA